CAAACCAGGCCGUGGAGUGGGAGGGGCCCGGCCCCACGCUGGCCCCAUGCCAGGCAUGAAAUGAGACACCUUGCACCACAGCUAUAACUUGCAGGUAACUUGGUGAGGUGUCUCCCACUCACACCUCUCGGCGUAUAAAACCCUGGCGGGGGACCAGCCCGCCCCGUCCCAGAAGAGCCUUUGGAGCAGCAAAGCCCCAGCACCUGAUGUGAAGCCAGCUCCUGGGAGUUCACCCAACGCUUUGACUCAGCUCGGCUCAUAGGAGGAGCCCGUGUCCCCCCCCGCACCGCUCCCAGCAGCAUCCCACGGGAAAGCCAAGCAGGAGAGGGAGCUGAGGAACCGGAGCGCCGGAGAGACGCAGCAUGGGCCAGUGCCACUGUCACAAGAAGCGCAAGGACAGCCAGGAGCUAACCGACGUGGAGAGGGCGAUCGAGAUCGUGAUCAACAACUUCCAGCGCUACGCGGUGAAGGGGCGGAAGGAGUGCCUGACCCCCAACGAGCUCAGGGAGCUGGUGGUGCAACAGCUGCCUCACCUGUCACAGCAUGUCUGCUCGCUGGAUGAGAAGAUCGAGUGCCUUGGGGAUCCGGAUGAGGCCAAGCUGGAGUUCGGCGAGUACUGGGCCAUCAUCGGGGAGGCAGCCAAAGGCUGCCGGGUGAAGAAGUAACAGGCCGGAGGGGAGACACGGACCGUGAGGCCUCAGACCAUCUGCAUGGAGAGCGAGCGAGCGAGACUGUCGGCCAUGAUGUGCUGUGAAAAUGCAGUGUUAAUUCUUCUGGGGCACGUCUCCUCUCUCCUUCCCCCAGCUCUGGAACCUCCUCAUUCUGGGCUCUCCCCCCUUCCUCCAAGUCUAGAACCUUCUCAUUCCUGCUCUAGAACCCCCUCCACUCACCCGAUCUAGAACCUCUUCAUUCUCCCUUACUCUGGAACCUAUAAAUGCUGGGGAGGAGGGGGGUGUUGUCCCUCCAGCUCUGGAACCUUAAAUUCAUGGACAUCAAUCCCUUUAGUGUAGAAACUUUAAGCCCUAGAUUUGAAUCUUGACAGUUUUGGACCCUUAAAAUGUGCCAAUUUCUAGCUCUCUUGCUCUAGAACCUUUACAUUCUGGGGAGGGGGGUUCCCCAGCUCUGGAACCUUAAAACGCAGGGGUUUUAGCUACUUUACUCUGGAACCUUUAGAUUCUGUGGUUCCAUCUGCCCAGUCCUGGCACCUUCCCCUCGUCCUCUCCCUGGUUCCAGGAUCUCUCCUUGGAUCACCGCCCCGAACACUUGCUGUCAGCGGUUUGGGGUUCAGAGCUGGGCAUUGGACCCUCCGCCCCUACAGGUCGCUGUCAAUCUCCGGGGCGGGGCGUUUGGGAAGCGGCUGACAGGCCUGGGGCAGCUCACUGCAUCGGGUGGAACCUAUGGGGAGAGGGGGCUGGAAAGAGAGGGGAGGGAGCCAGGAGCUGGGGUUAGGUGUGGGACCAGGGUGGGAGGCAGGGACGGCUGGAGGGAGCUCAGCGUGAGGCUGUUGUGGGUCUGGGAUCUUUGGUUGGUCUAUGGAGUGUGGGGCUCGGCUUCGGUUCAGUGUGACUCUGGCUCCAUGCGGAGGGGGCUACCCCCGCUCUUUAGAUUGACCGUGUGGUCCCAGUGCCACAUGCAGGAUUGGGGGGUGGGGGCCCCCCCAGGAUGGGAGCCCCUCCCGCAGCAUGUCCCACCCCCUCUGCAGUGCGAUGAGCAUGCAACACCCCCAAGCGCCCCCACACCCCGACAGCUGGACACUCAGAAUUGUAAGAGCCCCAGCACGUGAAGGCUGCGGGGAGGGGGGGCACUGCGCACCCCGACGUCCCUUCUCUCUAUGGAGCCCCAACACGCUUGACACCAACUCUGACCCCAGACCCCACCGAGGCGCAUCCUGGGGGGGGGUUGAACUUUCCACUGGAAGGAAGCAGAGGCCAGUGGUUAGAGCAGGGGUGGCUGGGAGCCAGGACUCCUGGGUUCUAGUCCAGCUCUGGCAGUGCAGGCUAGUGGUUAGAGCAGGGGACCUGUGGUAAGCCAGGACUUCUGGGUGCUUUUCCUGAUUCUGCCAUUGGCCUUGCCAGUCCCUUCCCUCCUUCGCGCCUCGGUUUAUAACCCACCCCUAAAAUAGGGGCGGGGACUGUCAGGCUGCAGACAUGGGGCACAGGAUUAUUGGUAUUAAGAGUUCCUCCCUGAGCUGGGACUGGGGAGAAAACACCUCCCCCUCCUGCCGCCCCCAGCCGGUCCGGAGGGGGCUCUGCGCUGGGCCGGCAGCUGCUUGUGUCGCUUGCUAAGGUUUUUGUAUAAAUCAAUAAAAGAAA